AUGGACGCGAUCUCGUUGCUGGCCGGGCCGGGCCCUGCCAAACAGGGAUUGACGCAGGACGAAUUCGAUCAACGAUACAACUACCUUCCUCCCCCACUUCAUCAAUGUCCGGAAUCCAGUCAGGCUGGCCAGUGGAUUGGUGAUGCAUUUCGAGAAAAGACAAAAUGGGACCGAACGCGGAUUUUCGACGUCUUUCCAUCACUACAGUGGAUCUCCCGAUACAAUCCAAAAGCUGAACUUCCACGUGACAUUCUUGGCUCACUCUUGAUAGCAGCUCUCCUAAUCCCACAAGGACUUGUUAGCGGCCAUCUAGCCAUUGACGACCCGAUUCGAGGUCUAUAUUCUGUAUUCUUCCCUCAAUUACUGUACCUACUGCUUGGAUCAUCGAGGCAUUCGUCGAUCGGUGGUGCUUCAUUUGUCUCGCUAUUUGUCGCCUCCUCAAUUCAACAUUCUGGUUCCGACCUUGCGACGAUCACUCUAUUAUGUGCAUUCUUUCAUUGUGUUCGGUGGGCCUGGAGCUGCGUGACAUCGGCCUCCCCCUGGACGCUACUACUUGGUGGAUCCGUGCUCACACUUUCUGCCCUCUUCCACCAUGUCAUUAAUCCGUCUGCCCUUGAGCGUCUACACUUUACGAUUCCGCACGAAAUGUUACUGAUCCUAGCCAGUAUCCUCCUCUCCUACACAUGUGAUUUGGGCGCACAUGGAAUCAAAGUUCUACAUAAAACAUCCAUGGUUCCCCCUGCAAUAGAAGCUCCCCGAUUAGCCACAUUUUUCGAGCGCUCUGUAUUGGAUAGUUUCUCCUUAGCGUUAUUCCUCUUGGCCUCUCAUCUAAAGACUAGUCGUGAGGUAGCAAUGGAAAAGAUGCAAAAAGUGGACCGGAAGCAGGAAGCCGCGGCUUUUUCGCUAGUCGAACUUCCGCUCGCGUUUUUGAAUCUCCCACCAGUAGCUUCAUCAAUCGGUCACUCUCAACUCAACGUGGAAACAGCCAGGUUUUCAUUGCUUGCCAAUGCCCUUUGUUGCGGGUGGUUGCUGGCAUUUGUGGUAUUCUGCUUGCCGAUUCUUCACUACUUGCCUACGGUAGUCUUAAGUGGUGUGCUGCUACUAUGCUUUUCCAAUGUUCCUGUUGAGCUAGUCCAUCUACGCCAGCUUUAUCGGGUCUCGAAAAGAGAUUGCGUUGCAUACCUUCUAUCAGCCGUCACCCUACUCGUCAUCCCCAAUAUUUGUUUCGGGUUCCUGUGCGCUAUGGCCCUCAAUCUAUUCCUUGUGGCACAUCGUAGUCUCUGGCCGCACACUUGGGCGAUAAUUCGUCUUGAUUCUGAUGGGCGUUUCGCAGAAGAAAGCCGAUACGAGGGUGAUCCCUGUGACGCUCCGGCCAGGGUGCUGCGUUUCAAUGCCCCAUUGCUCUUCGGCAACGUUGAUAAAUUCCAUGAAAGUGUGCGUCGGGAGGUGAAGCUGAUAAAAGGGCAAGUCCCUCUUGGGAUCGGCACCAGAACCGGAAGUCUAAGAAGUCAGAUUGGUGCCCUUGGAGAUGUUCUACCCCACAAAGGAGUUGAGGUGCGGCUCUCUGCACCGUUAGAGGCCCGUUUAUCGCUCGUGCAGAGCAAAACAAAUUUGACGAACUUUGUGAUUAACGAUCCUCAGAACCAAAUCAUCGGCGGCGACCAGCCAUUAAUUCGUUGCCUCAUCAUCGACUUUAACACAAUACCAGCUGUCGAUUCUCAUGGGAUGCAUGCCUUGAAUCAGGUGUACUUUGAACUCCAUGAACAGCAGGUCAGACUGUUGCUUGCUGCUGUUAACGCGAAAGUACGCGAUUCGAUGCACGCAGCUGGGAUUUUCUCACUUUUACCAAAAAAUUCUUUGUAUCCUACGCUGAACGAUGCUCUAUUGGCUUCGAGGGCUAUGGUGAUGCCAAUUCAUACCAGUGUCUCAAUGAACGGCUGUCGAGAUGUGAUUGCUGUCUCAGCUUGCGGAUCUCAUUUCGAUGUAGCAACGAUCUGCACGAAUCGAGAUAAUGACUCGAAGGGAGAGCCAGCGCAAAUA